AUGGAGCCGUGGAAGCGGCCAGUCCAGCUGCCUCUACCCACUCUGGAGUAUGAAUCUGAUCUGGAAGUCUGGAAGUGGAGAGUCAAGUUGAUUUUCAAGCACAACUCUCUCUUGCGUUUUGCCCUCACGUCAGCUCCAUGGCCGCUCUAUGACAAUCUCGAGGAAGCUGCCUCAGCCACAUACUGUGCCGCCCUUCUAGCAUCAUGCAUUUCUGAGAUUAUCCUUGCCGAUAUUCUCACCCUGUCAUCUGGAAAGGAGGACCUCGAGGCCCCCCAUGUCCCCUUUGAGCGUGUCGGGCGGAUCGUCAAGGCAGUACAGAUGGUUCGGAAGGACGGCAGCAUCCUUCUGCGUGACUUUCUGUGCGAUGCCAAGAGCCCUGCCACCAUGACGACGCUCUCCAACGCCUUGGACCCUGCUCCCGGAAAAGGCGACGACUCAGACAGGUGGCGGAAUCUCAUCUUGGUCACGGCCUUGCUCGUCAAGAGAUAUAAGCUGGCCAAGCUGACCGAUGCUGCGGAGUACAUUGCCGGAAAAGCGGGAGAUGAGGGUAAAUACCCGGACGGAGGGGAUUUCAAAAGGCUGAUGGACGAACUGCUGGGGGCCAAGGGCCAGAAAUGA